UUGUAUAUUCUAUAAAUUAAAAGUUAUUUAAAAGCAUGCACACUCUAGAAUUCAGAUUUAAAAAUAGUACUAAAUUAAUGCAACCGAAACAUAAUUUGUUAACAAACCACCAUUACACAAACCAACACCCCUCGUACGCACUGCCGAACAGCAAAUUGUAUUGCCACAUAUCAGCGAUUGGGCCAAAUUAGAAAGGGGAACAUGGGAAAGGGAUAGAUAGAGCAAGAAGGCUACAAGGGUCUGAGAUGGCUAUUCACCAAAACAAUGGUCUACUAGUUGAUAGCAAGGUAGCCAUUGUAAAACCUUAGCUACGACCAGACAGUUCACAAAGAACCGCUCUCAAGUUAAAUUUUGAGUGAUACCUAUCCCGUGAGACUUUCAUAAGAAUCGAAUCAGGACCCAGAGGAUUAACGGCAAGAGGUUAGCCCAGAAGCCGGUGAAUCGCCCUCGUGUCGCAAGAGAAGGCCGAUUCGGCCGAAAAAGGGCAUGAUACCGCGGCCGCCCUCCGCCUAAAGACACCGCUCAGCACUCCCACGGUUCCUAGAGUUCCCGAUCUGCCGGUCCUCACCGGUAAUCGACACCAGAAACUGAGUUCACCGGACAUCGCCCGGUUCCCCGUCCGCCGGCUCCCGGCUCGCCGGUUAUCGGCCAUUACGGACCCCGGUAGCUCAGUAGCAGCCCUCGUUCGGAACAGAAGCUAGUCCGAACCAUCCCCGCAUGAUCCCGCAUGAUCUCCGUACACCGAUCGUCAUCCACGUUUCUUCCCACGUGGCACCAGCCCUGAUCCGCCCGCAUGCAGUUAGUCUGGCCCGCACAAACAGACGAACCCUCGCUUCCGGCAUCCACCCACGGACCCGCAACGGUCAACCGUCCAUUGUCCACGGUCCACCGUCCAUCGUCGCAGUGCGUAGCCGGCCGGCCCAACCACCCCACCCACAAUCACACACACACACCGAUAGAGUAAGUGCAAAAAUAAUAAAUAAGUUAAAAUGGUAUUUGGUUCUGUAUUUAUACCUUUUUCUGAAUGAAAGAGCCCUUGAAAGCGAUAUUUGCCGACCCUGAGAGCAUAGGAGCUUGGGCUCUGACUAGCUGGCAUCCAGGGCAGUAAUAAGGGGCGAUCUGCCCACGAGUAACAAUUGGCGCCCAAUCUAAACUAAAAGCUUUCAAGAGUUCUGGAAUUCAUUAGAUCAAUAAGAGUGUGCAUCGUAGGUUACGGCAAACAAAAGGUUUGACUGUUUCAACGGUAAUACGGCUGCGAAUAGCUAAGGGUAACAUUCAUAAAUUCAUUGGAUCAUCUUACUAGUGCGCGUACACUAACGAAAGUUUUCAUUUUUUGCUUGUUCUUACCAAAUAGCGGUUAUAUAGCUGCGGAGAAUUGAGUAAGAAAUUGGUUAUUGGGUCUUGAUUCGACCAUGAGCUAGAACCUCAAACGGUUUCAUAAGAAGCAAUACAGACAAUUAGAUUUUUUUGAAUAUUUUUCGCCGGGAAUUAAGUAAUAGGAUUCAAAUUUUUAGGUUACGGUUUUCAAAUUGUUUUGGAUAGCACGGUUUGUUAUUUUUCUUCAAAUUUGGGGUGAACCAAAAUGGAUUUACAAACCCUAUACAAGAGGAUGGAUGUGUCUCAUCUGUCUACUGAUGAGGUAGAGCACGAACUCCUUAUUAGAAAUAUUAUGUAUGGCUUGGAUGAACAUGUAAGUAUUAAGCGGAGAAAACUAAAGGAUAAAAUGAAGGAAGAAAGGGACACAAACAGGUUUGUAGCAGCUCCCAGCUGGAGACCAGUAGCGGAAGAAUUGGAAAUUAUACGUUUCAAGCUUAAUGUUAUUGGUGGGUUGCUGGACAACCCAAAAGCCGAUGCACGUCAAAGAGAAAAAUUAAGCACUAGACUGGUUCAUUAUCGUGUGCGAAUCUUCAUGCUAUUCAAAUCGGUUGAUGCGAAUGAAUAUUUAGUAGAUAUUGCCGAUGUGGGGAGGCAAGCGAGUGAAAUAUUUCAGAAGCAUUUUCCGGAGAUGGAAGUGGUUGAGGAGGCUUUAGAACACGCUGCACCAUUAGAGACAGAGAUUAGUCAAGUUUUGGAGGAAGUAAGGGACGAAAUUGAUGUUCUCAAUGAUACAGUAUCAGGUAGAGAGUUAGAAGAGGCUGUUGCACUGGAGGAAGCUAGUGGAGGUGCGAAAAAGAAACCUUUGAGUUCCAAAAAGCAAGAGCUAGAAGCUUCAAUGGGGCGGUCAGAAGAGAUCCUCAAGAUCCUUACGGGUUAUGAGGAAGGGAAUCAUGAUAACGUCAAAGAUAUAAUGCAUCAUUUAAAAACUUUUGUUUUGCAAACUACGGAGCAACAAAGGCAAAUGAAGGAAAAGGAGAUAGCUUUGGAAGAGCAGAGAAUGAGGGAGGCAGAGGAAAACAUAGAGCGGAAAAAACGAUUAGAAAAAUUAUUGAUAAAUUUGAAUGAACGGUUAAAGAAAGGUCAGGAGAGUACUACUGAGAGUUUGAGACAAAAAUCGGAGCGAAAUUUAGAGAGAGGGAAAAAGGCAUUCGAACCGACAAGAGAGGAAGAUAUAGGAGACUCUGGAGAAGAAGAUCGUAAUACUAAGAUUGGUACUAACCAGUUCUCCCCGGUGGAGACUAUGUCAGAGAGUUCCCUAGAAGAGUACCAAAAUGCUAGGCCGAGGAAGGAAAAACGCGAGAAAAGAAAGAAGAAAGACCAGAGACGAGAGAAAAUCCGAAGUUUGUCCAAGGCAAACCGAAUCAGAAAGCGACACCGAAAGGUGAGCUUUUCAUCGAUUUCAACGUCUUCGAGCAGCUCAUCAACUUCGAGCAGUUCGGAAAUGACUAGCGAUUCGAAUUCCGAAAGUUCGUCAGUCUCAAGCGUUGAAGAAAGGCAUAAAAAGAAAAAGCAUAGGAAGGAGAGGAAAGCUAGGAAAAGUCUUAGGAGAAUCCCCGUAUCGGAAUGGAAAUUGAAGUAUGACGGUAGAGAUCAGGGGCGGCGGUUAGCCGAAUUCCUCAAGGAGGUGAAAAUGCGCUGUAAAUCGGAAGAUAUUUCUGAAAGAGAGCUAUUUCGUGGUGCAAUCCAUUUAUUCAGCGGACGUGCCAAGGACUGGUUCAUGGAAAGCUUCGAGAAUCGUGACUUCCGUACUUGGUCAGGGCUUAAAAGGGAACUUAAACGCGAAUUUCUACCACCGGAUCUAGAUUUUCAGAUCGAAAUCCAGGCUACAAAUAGGCGACAAGCUCGAGGAGAAAAGUUUGUAGAUUACCUGCAUGAUAUGCAAAAGCUCUUCCAAUCGAUGACCAAACCAAUUUCGGACCAACGAAAGUUCGAAAUUGUUUGGCGCAAUAUGAGGUAUGACUAUAAAAACGCGUUGACAGGGGCAGGAAUUAGGUCACUAUCCAGACUAAAAAAAUACGGCAGGAUAAUCGAUGAAAACAAUUGGAACAUGUUUCAAAAGCCCAGUGAAAGUCGUUCUAAAGUUCAGCUGGUGAACGAAAUGACAGCUUCGAGCAGUUCGAAAUUAAAACAAAUUCCUGGAAGCGGUCAGAACUCGCGCAGCUUUUCCCAGAGCAAGCCUAAGCAAAGCUCAGAGGGAGAGAAAAUUAAACAGCGGGUAGAGCAAAAUGAGGGGAAGGCGGGGAAGAGCAAAGAGGAUCCCAUGGAAGGAUCUUCCAAGGGAACUUUGAGAGCUUUAUCCGAACGUUACGUUCGCCCACCUAUAGGCACUUGCUAUAACUGCAGGAAGCAUGGGCACCACUAUGGUGACUGCUCCGAGAAGCGGAAAAAGUUUUGUAGACUGUGUGGCUUUUUGGAUGUUAUUACGCCUGAAUGUCCAUUCUGUCAAAAAAACGAGCAGAGCUCAGCUUGAGAAGGCAAGCUGAUGAGUCGCUUAAAAAUCCUUCCACAGUUGAUCACGUUUACACCGACCUACUAGCAAACGGUUUCGAACCCAUUUCCAGUGUGGAUUAUUGUUCGGAAAUGGAGAUUGAUGAGCUUAUUGUUCGAAUCGAUGGAGAUAAUCGACCUUACACGAAAAUAUAUGUCCUAGGAAAGGAGGUAAUUGGGUUGCUAGAUAGUGGCGCCCAGAGAACUGUUCUAGGGUUUGGGUGUAAGAAGCUCGUCAGAGACCUGAAAUUGAAAAUUUUUCCCACUGAUGUGUCAUUAAAAACCGCUUCAGGAGCCCCAGUGGAAGUUGAAGGAUAUGUCCAUUUACCUGUGACCUUCAAUGAUGAGAAUAAAAUCAUUCCGGCUUUGAUUGCUCCAAAUCUCAAACGCAGAUUGAUUUUGGGGGUAUGACGACUUUUGGAGAUCUUUUGGCCUUGAGCCCACUGUACCGUCGCAGCACACUGAGCUGGUGGACGAGUUGGAAGAAGGAAGUGUAGAGGGGUAUGAACAAGGAGGGGAGGGAGAGGUAGAAAUUCUCUCACCAGAACAGAAAUUAGAGCUGGACGAGGUUAAAAAGCUUUUUCAAUCGGCAGUUGAAGGAGAAGUUCUUGGGGUCACUCCUAUUAUCUCACAUAAAAUUGAAUUGAAGGAAGAGUUCCAGAACUCUCCACCGGUGAGAAUAAACCCCUACCCAACGUCUCCCGAUAUGCAAAGGAAGAUCAAUAUUGAAUUAGACAAAAUGCUCAGUCAAAAAGUGAUCGAACCCAGUAAGAGCGAUUGGGCCCUAAGUACGGUCCCCGUCCUCAAACCUACCGGCGAAGUCCGUCUAUGCCUAGACGCCAGGCGAUUGAAUGAUCGGACUAGGAGGGACGCUUAUCCUCUCCCACACCAAGAUCGUAUAUUGAGUAGGCUAGGGUCAAGCAAGUUUCUAACGACCAUUGAUUUGACGAAAGCUUUUCUACAAAUCCCUUUGGACCCUAGCUCACGAAAAUAUACAGCGUUCUCGGUGUUGGGUAGAGGAUUGUUCCAGUUCACCCGCCUACCCUUCGGCUUAGUGAAUAGUCCAGCUACACUAGCCCGACUCAUGGACGAGGUCCUAGGGUACGGUGAACUGGAACCGAGUGUGUUUGUUUACCUCGACGACAUCGUCGUGGUAAGCAGCACAUUCGAAGCACACCUCCAGUCUUUGAGAGAGGUUGCCCGUCGAUUACGAUUGGCCAACUUAUCUAUUAAUCUCGACAAGUCGAAAUUCUGUUUAAGAGAGCUACCUUACCUUGGGUACAUUAUCUCAUCGGAUGGUCUGCGCCCAAACCCCGACCGCGUAGAGGCCAUCAUAAAUUACGAGCGCCCAACCUCACUUCGAGCCCUUCGCCGUUUUUUGGGAAUGUCGAAUUAUUAUCGACGCUUUAUUCCUCGUUUCAGCGAGAUUUCUGUUCCCCUUACGAAUCUUUUGAAGAAAAAGCCUAAAACGAUUGUCUGGAACCCAGCUGCUGAGAAAUCUUUCAUCCAACUGAAAGAGAGUUUGAUUGCGGCACCGGUUCUCGCAAAUCCAAACUUUGAGCUACCGUUCCAAGUUCAAACUGAUGCGAGCGACAGUGCUAUCGCUGCCAUACUCACGCAGCAGCAUGAAUGCGGAGAGAAAGUGGUGGCAUAUUUCUCGCAAAAGCUUUCCCCAGCACAACAGGCUUAUGCUGCUUCGGAAAAAGAAGGCCUAGCCGUGUUAACAGCCAUCGACAAAUUCAGGCCGUACAUUGAAGGUACAAGAUUUGUGGUCAUAACUGAUGCGUCCGCUCUCACCCAUAUUAUGAAUGGGAAGUGGCGUACCUCAUCAAGGCUCAGUCGCUGGAGCAUUGAGCUUCAGGGCUACGAUUUUGAGAUACGACAUCGGAGAGGAAGGGAUAACGUGAUCCCUGAUGCGCUCUCCCGUUCAAUAGAAGCAGCUACCCUUGAUGACGGAGACGCAUGGUACUCCACUAUAUACAAUAAAGUACUCUCUGCGCCAGAUGAGUGUACCGACUAUAAAGUAGAAACAGGGAAACUUUUUAAAUUCGUUCCCAGCAAAACCAAAGUUUUGGAUUUUAGAUUUGAGUGGAAACUAUGUGUUCCGGAGAAAUCUCGAGAGGAGGUUCUCCGAAGAGAGCACGACGAUUCGCUUCAUGUGGGGUACGAAAAGCUUCU